AUGUCAUUCUUACGGCACUUGGCUCGGUCGAGCAUAUUCAUGCAGAGUACCAAACAAAGCACCUUACCUACUACGUUCAGUUGGUGUCAUCGAAGGUGGAUGAGUACUCAAUCAGAUGUUACUCAGAUGUCAGUUCGAGAUGCAUUAAACGUAGCAAUGGAAGAAGAAUUCGUACGAGAUGAACGAGUUUUUUUACUCGGCGAGGAAGUUGGCCAAUAUAAUGGAGCAUAUAAAGUAUCAAAAGGUCUUCUUGAUAAAUUUGGUCCGAAAAGAGUGGUUGAUACACCCAUUACUGAAGCUGGGUUUGCUGGAUUAGCCGUUGGAGCCGCUUUGUCAGGGUUGAGGCCUAUAUGUGAAUUUAUGACAUUUAACUUUUCCAUGCAGGCAAUAGAUCAAGUAAUCAAUUCAGCUGCAAAAAUUCAUUACAUGUCUGGUGGAACUGUACAAUGUCCAAUAGUAUUCCGUGGUCCUAAUGGGUUUGCUGCUGGUGUGGCUGCUCAACAUUCUCAAGACUAUGCUUCAUGGUAUGGAUCCAUUCCUGGAUUGAAAGUGGUAUCACCAUGGAAUAGCGAGGACGCGAAGGGUCUAUUAAAGGCUUCAAUCAGGGAUCCGAACCCAGUUGUCUUUCUCGAAAAUGAACUUCAAUACGGCAUUACUUUCCCGAUGUCUCCUGAAUCUCUAUCUCCAGAUUUUGUUCUUCCCAUUGACAAAGCCCACAUUCUUCGCGAAGGCAAAGACAUCACGAUAGUUUCUUACUCGAGGACUCUUAAUUUCUGCGUCGAAGCAGCAGAAAAACUCGAAUCGGAAGACGGCGUUUCUGUCGAAGUUAUUAACAUGCGGAGUAUAAGACCACUCGACCUUGAUGCCAUCAUUAACAGUGUGAAGAAGACCAGUCGCUUGGUGACGGUCGAGACUGGUUUUCCUCACUUUGGAUUUGGAGCCGAGAUUUCUGCUUUAAUGAUGGAGACUGAAGCAUUCGAUUACUUGGACGCUCCUGUUGAGAGAUUAACUGGGGCUGACAUCCCAACUCCAUAUGCACAUAAUCUGGAAGAAUUAUCGUUUCCUGACACAAAUCUUAUUGUUAAAGUUGCAAGACGUGCGUUAUAUCGUAAGAAAUAA